UCAAGUUUUCGCAGUGGACUACAUGUGACACACUGCGAAAUGAGAAUGACAUCUGCAUUAUAAACGUAUCCAAGCGUAUCACACUCACACAUACACACAUAGUGUCCCAUCCAGAUGGAUUGUCUUCACUCUCACUGUUGAGCGCAGCACUGAGCCGCUGGUGAGAGACUGCAGUUAUUUCAGUCUCAUUGCAGUCUCUCUCUCUCUCUCCAUCUCCCACUCUCUCUCUACUCCCUCCUUACGUCCCUGAUUGAGCAUCAUUCUCACAUGCAACGCUUUCAUGCCUCCUCUUUCACACUCACUCUCUCUCUCUCAAUCUCCUCUCUUUCACUUACAGCCCCAGUGAUCAUGCCGCAUCCCCCUCUCUCUCUGUCCUCUCCUCUGCCUGUCUGCUUUCGUUUACAUAUUUCUUCAUCAAACUGACUGUUUUCAGUGCCAGCCGAACUGCAUUCGCCUGUUUUUGGAAAGAGGACAUUUAGAUGCGGGACGCUGGGUAUUUUUCACCUUGCAGCUCGCUCAUCGGGACGGCUUUCGGGAAGGUCGUCCGGUUCUGUCCUGGAGUUUCAGCAAUACAUCGAUCAUCCGGGUUUGCAGCCCACCAGAGUCCUGGAGUCUGUUGCAUAGCUGUGUGUCUCCUGCGGUGCACUCGGACUGCUCUUAUAGUCUCGGUGAGGAGCGUGGGCUGAAGAAAACCCCCUCAGCCCGUCAUAAGCCAGAGGAGGAACACCACUGAGGGUCAGCUAAGAUCAGUGAAGGGGAAAGCGUGACAGAAGGAGGCAAAACGAAGAGAAGUGUGAAGGGCACAAUAGCAUCUCACAGGUUAAGAAAAGCAUCAAACGGCGGGAUCAGCUCCUGUUGGGAAAGAGAGCAAGAGUUUUAGAAAGAGAGAGGCAGGCUUUGAUUCAUAAACUAGUGACUAUAAACUCUUCAGUAUUUGAGAGCCAAUCCAGAACUCCAUCCUGACUCUCAAAGACUUCCAGGACGAGCUGUGUCAGGUUUUCCAACUCAAGUUACUUUGCUGUUAACAGCCAUGCAGGUGUCCUUCGCGUGUACCGAUCACGGGUUGAAGGCCCCGCGUACCAGCGAGCCUAACAAGCAGAACACGUCGAGUCCGAACACGGCCAGCGCGGCACGGGCACGGUUUCGAACGGUGGCACUGAUUGCCCGGAGCCUGGGCUCUUUUACACACAGGCACCACAUUUCCCUGAAAGAGUCCACUGGAAAACUCACCGGCAUGAAGUACAGGAAUCUUGGGAAGUCAGGACUGCGAGUGUCAUGCCUUGGACUCGGCACGUGGGUGACAUUUGGGGGACAGAUUUCAGAUGAGGUGAGAAUUUAA